AUGGAUGAGUUCCAUGCGAACCCAUACUACCUGGUCCCUUACAAACCAGACUGCGGCGGAUUAGUGCACUUCGAUGUUUCGAAUUGUUGCAACCAUUGUCAUGAGACGAAACCAGCGGACAAAAAGGCUGCUGUCUUUUACUGCAAGGAAUUUCCUGUCGGUACCUGGAAGCUCCGUUAUAUGACGAUUUCUGGUGGGAACCAUGUUCAUGAAGAUGCCUCGAUGUGGCGGGAGGAGGGUAUCUGCUGGUGUAACUAUGCUGGUGACGGCGGCGCUUCAGGUGGAUUUCUUCUAUUGCACCAAGAAUGCCUCGCGCUCCUCAACGAUGCCGAACUGUCUGCGGAAAGGAUAGAUGAUGUGGGACGAGCUUUGGCUUGGAUGAACACAAACUCCUUUCUCCGUGGCCGCAAACCAUUAGAUUUUGACACCAUCCUUGGCACCCAAGACUACCGCCACGAUUCUAUCGCUCACUCAGACUGUCGAGACGCUCCGUUCUGGCAAAGAGUGAAGCAUUCAGAGGUUGCGCCCUCUUUCGGCACGAGGCCAAGGACUGAGGCGGUGACAACUUCUCUUGCCAGCGUUGUCCAGUGGCCGAUAGAGGCCACCUAUGGGUGUGUUCGUGUCAUGAUAGACAGGCAUAGCUUUUGCCAAAUCGAACAACUCUCCGAGUACCCGCCUGUAUGCCUGGUUAGAAGCGAAUUCGAACGGUUUGUUAUCCUCGAAAUGCACCACGCCAAGCUCGUUAGUGCCUACUUCAAGACUGACCAAGGAUGUAUCCAGGACGGAAUUUGUUGGCUCGGGCCAUGGUCUGCUGAUAAAAUCCCGACUCUUUGGGACAUCCCAUCACCCCCUGCCAGGCCUGUCAAGUAUCCCGAAACUUGCAGCAUAACGGAUUGGAAAUUCGAUGCAGACAGAUUUGAGACCAUCAAUCUCAGCAUCACUGCUGGCUUAUGCUUUCACUUCGAUAAACACAGCAAACUUAAAGCCAUUGCUUUCGACAAGUCUGCACCGUUGAGUCACGGCAGUGUAGUAGAGGAUAAACGCCAGUGGUUGUAUUUGCCGCUUGCAUCUAACGAUAGAAUCCUAUGGAUCCAGUUCCGAGAGGAGUGCAAGUCUACCAAGAAAAUACGUGCUGAUAUUUGCUCCAGUGUAUUGGUCAAGACUGAACUGUGCGGCGUUAUCCACCUUGGACAACAUACCAGAAGACCUACCGAUAUAUUGGCCUUCAGCAAAGCUCCCCGUGCCAUCUUCUGUGAGCCUCAGGACGGUAAGAAUAUACAAAAAGUCGUCGCCUUCUAUCCAAAAAGCGACCCUUCCUCGGCCCACGAAGUUCCCGGGCUCGAAAUCGUUGGUCCACCCACUCCUGAUGUCUUCAGGGAUGACGAGUGUUGUCAUGCGACGGUAGUUUUCUGGGAAUGCACAUCACCUACAAAAAUGGAGGGCAGCGUUUUUUAUAAAGAUGAAGACAAAAACAUGAAAAGGUUUCUUGGUGACCCUGAAAGAUGGAGUCAGCACAAACUUGUCGGCGAGUUCCACUAUUGGCAUGAUCAAGAUCCCCAACACGGCGAUAAUGUAGUGCAGAUUCUCCCUUCAGGCAGUUGGCGAGGCCAGAUAAAGUCAAAGAGGACAGAGUCACGAUGGACAUGGAGGUGUUGA